CGGCCUCACUCUCUCUCCCCACCGCCGCCAUUUGAAGCGGUAGCCUUGCGUCGUCAGGUGGCCUCGAUGACGUUGCCUGCGCUUCGCCUGGCAACCCGAGGUGACCUGACCCGACGGGCCGGACAAUGGUUUGACCGGGCGGGUGCCGCGGACACCGUCAGAAGGCGUCGACGAUCUGUACAUUACCCGUCCAUUUCCCAUUUGCAUUUCUUUUCUCUUGUUGCAUUUACACUUGCCUCUUCUGGCGACUUCCUGAAGUACAGAAUGGGCCUUCAACCCGUCUACUACAGAGUCUCCGACGCCAUCGAGAAAGGCGAGCCGGUCUCGCUCAACGAGAAUCACACGCACUACAUCUUCGUCGACGACGGCCAUCGGCGACGCUACGGCGGCAGCAAGUCGGCCAUCUUUCGGGCUCGUCUGGAGAAGCAGAUCGCCAAACCCAGCGACGGUGGGUCACCCGUUCACCUUGUUCUCCUCCCCACUCUCGUGCCAGCUCACACCCAACUCACCCGUUUGCAUACCACCCUGACCGCUUGUUCGAGCCCCAUCUUUUUGCGUGUUGCGUCGAAGCAAUAUGAGCUAGCACAAUCCGGUUUGCAAAAUGACCCUUUCGACGACCCACCUCACAUGUCAUUGUUUUAG